CAAAUAUCAACAUGUUGUUUUUCAAGACUCUCUUCCUGUCAGCACCCAUCCUCCUAAGCUUCACGGCAGCAACUCCCAUUACCUCCGGACAAAUCCUCGAAGUUCGCGACACAACAUGGCACGCUAACUUGAUUGCUGAUAUCAUUCAGCGUGACAACGGCCUGGCAACGGAAUUGGCCGGGAAUAACGCCACAUCUUUGAUGCUGCGAGCCAUCUCUUCUCACCCCGAGUUCCAGACUAUUUCCCGCCGAUCGCCGGAUGAUGCUGUUUCAGAGAAUGAGAUUGCUGUCAUGAGCAAGCUUGUUGCAAGGGAAUCUUGCAACCUUUGCAACACCAAUCACGUGUGGUUAGAGAGAUCUUCAACGUAA